AUGACAUCUAAUUGUAGUGCACUCCAGCCUCAUGCAGCUAUUAAACAGAGACCAAACAGAAAACGCUGGGUAAUUGUUACCUUCCCCGAAGGUAACGAUUAUUCUGUAAUACCUACAAAUUGGGUGCUAAAAAGCGUCGAUGGCCUCGGCAAUCAAGUUAUAAAAUGUUUAUGGCCACCUUUUUUAAAUGUUACAAGCGACAUAAUUCAGAAUGCGAUGGAGCCAUCUGAUAAUUGGAGUACGCAUACAAUUAAAUUACAAGAAAAUGGCAAAGAAUAUAGUUGUUUUAACAAAGCGUGGCACAAACAAGUGGAAAUGUCGGAAGAAUCUUCUUCAACUGAACAGAGUAAGAGGAGAAAAAUUAAUGAAGAAGCUUCGGAUUCUGAUAGUGGAGAAGAAAUCGACAUUUUGCCAGUAAAAACAUGGGAUCGUCCACAAGAAACAUUUAUAAAAGAAGCUACUAAUAAACCUCAUUAUGCAGAGCUGAACAAUUUUAACAUUAGUCAGUCUUCAACUACGCAAAAUGUAUUGUUAAACACCUCGAUAAGCCAUAGCUUUAACAAACCUGAGGGGAGAAUAUUGUCAUCUGUUAUUCAAUCUGAUUCAUCAUUUCAAGAUGAAUUGAUUUCUGUGCCUAAUUAUUUAAAUCCAACAAAUAAUGUAGAAACGAUUCAAUCAGAACUUAUUCAAACAAAUGAACAGAAUAAAAUGAUGGGACUUUUGAAUUUAAUUUAUAAAGAACAAAUACAAAAUCGGGUUCUAUACAACCAGUUGUUAUCUAAAGUUAAUAACAUUGAAACUAUUAUAAACAAAAUUGGACUAAGUAAUAAUAUUUCAACUGCAACACAUAACUUUGAUGAGAAUUUUUUGUUAAACUGGCCUAUCAUUAACGAACAAACGUUUAAACACGUUGAAAACAGUUUAUUAGAUAAUUUAUUUGUUCAACAAGUGGAAGAGUUUUUUAAUUCCAUUGGUGGCAAUUCGGUUAAAGACAAUCUGAAAAGAAUAUUAAUUAAAACGUUUAGUAAUGAAUUUGCAAUACGGUGCUCAUGGACGGGUAGAGGGAAAGACAUUACAACAAAAUUAUGUGAUGCAAAAUUAGUAACCGUAUUAAAAAGGUGUAUAAGAAGAAAUCAGCAAGAAUACAGUGACGCAUUAUUUGAAUCAGUCUUUGCUGACUGGUUCAGAUACGCUACUACAAGACAUAGAAGAUCAUUAGAAACUAAUCAUUAG